UCUUUUAAGGUAUUAAGAUCUCUAAAGGAAAAUGGUAAAAUAAAUGUGAAAAAAAAAAAAUUCAACUUAAAUUUAAUGUGUGCUAAAAUAGGAGAGAAAAUGUUUUCUUUUGCAUAUUGAAAAUUAAUAAGAAAAAGAAGAAAACAAAAUAAAACUUGUGUACAACAUUGUUUUUGUUUUUUGUUUUUCUUUCUAAUAAAAAAUUGCAACACUCCGCAUUCCUAUAGUGUUCAAUACAUUAAAAUUUUAAAUACACGGAUGUGAAAAGAAAAUUAAAAUAGAAAACACAAUAAAUAAAUUGAAGGUAGAAAGAAAACAUCAAUAAAAAAAAGAAAAACAAAAAAAAAAUAAUUAAAAAGAAAGUGAAAUUUAUUUAUUUUUUUAUUAUUUUGUCAUAAAGAAUAAAAAAAAUGUGAAAAUCAUUUUCAGAAAAAAAAAAUAAAUAAAUAUUUAUUGAAUCCUUAAAAUUUAGAGGAUAUAAAAUAAAAGCUAUAGCAAAAGUAGAGGAAAAAAAAUGAAAAGAAAUCUAAUAUAAAAAAAAAAAAGAAAUAAAAAAAUGAGAAAACAAAUGAACUAAUUAUGAUAUUAUAUUUGUAUAAAUGUAUAUAACACCGUUAUAUAUAUUAUAUAUAAUAGGUAUAUAUGUAUUUAAUUUAAUAUAAUACAAACAAAUCAUAUAUAGAACGCACUAAAACGUGUGAUUAAGUGUGUAUAUUAGAAAAAAUUAUUAUUUUUUUGUAUAACAAAAAUAUUAUAUAUGCAAUAUAGAUAUUGUACAUAUAUAUUGAGUGAAAAAUUGAAAAUAAUAGAAAAUAUUAUAAUUGAAGAAAGAAAAAGAAGAAGAGAAAAGGAGAAAAUAAGUGUACAUAUGAUAGAAGUGUAAAGAAGUGUAAAGAAUAAGGAAUAAUAUUAUAUUAUAGAAGUAAUAUAAAAGAAAAGAGCGUUAUUAAGAAGGUUAUAAAAAUAGAGUGAAGCAUAUAGAAAAAAAAAAUUAAGAAUAAUAUACACCAAUAUACACACAUAUAUAUAUAUAUAUAUAUAUAUAUAUAUAUAUAUAUAUAUAUAUAUAUACCUAAUACUUAAAUAUAUACAUAUAUUUAAUAGAAGGAUUCAAGUGAAAUGGGUACACAAGUUAAUUUAGUUUUAAGUAUUUUUUAUGUUAUUGCAUUCCUAGAAACACAUUUAUGUGAUACAACAACAUCAGAUACAGUAACUACUGUUGAACCAGAUGCCGCACCUGGUUGUCCAGCUCCAGCUAUUCGAUUCACCCGUCCUCGUGUAUUAGAAUCAACAACUGAAGUUGUUUCACAGCCCGAGACUACACAAAACACCUCACCAAAUGAUCUUUCAACACCCGAUGAAGAUGAAACUGUUGAAAAAAUUGACAUAGAUUUAUCUAAUGUCGGUACGGCAUCAGAUAAAGGUUCAUCUGCUGUUAGUGAAAAAUAUAUUGGUACAAAUCCAUAUAAAUCUGAUGAGCCACCUGGUGGUGGAUUAUCUCCAACAGGUUUACAUGGACCGUAUCAUGGUGACGAUGAAGAAGAGCACUCUAAAUCCGAAUCAACAUUAUCGACGGCAAGAGAAGAUCGCCAGAGAAAAGAACGUCGUUCAAAAGGUAGACGACGUCGUAUUGAAAAUGAAAAUAGUAGACAAAUGAGAGGUUCUAGACAUGUAUUAAGUAAACGUGAUACAAUUGAUGCUGAAGAAAAAUUAAAUAACAAUAACAAUAAUAACAACAAUAAUAAUAGUAAUAGUACCAGCAGUAACAAUAUAAAUAACGAUGAUGAAUAUAAUGGUAACGGUAGCUACGAAUUAGAAAAACAACUUGUACCAGCAACUGGAGAAGUCUAUUAUGUUGAAAUUUCUGAUUUAUUAAAUGAUAAAGCAUUAUUAACUGAAAAAGUUCGUAAAAAAUUGCAUAAAUUAACUAAAAAUGAAAGACAUGGUUAUAUUGACAGCAAUGCAGACAUUAUCAAACAAAAAAAUUAUAAAAAUAGACAAUUGGAACAGGAACAGCAACAACAAGAACAGCAACAACAAAUUAUUGGUAUAGAAAAAAUGCCAUUAUCAUUUGGAACAUUAAAUGCUGGUGUUGAUACAUCACUUAUUUUAGCUGCUACAGCUGCAGUUACAAAUGAUGAUGAUGUACAAUAUAAAAUAAUUUCAGAACAAGAAGCUGCUGUUGAAUUUGCUGAAGAGGAGCCACAAGAUAAAUAUAGUAACUAUUAUAAUAAACAUAAUAAACAUGAACACCAUCAUGGUAAAAAACAUAAGAAAAAAUCAAAAGAUAAAAUACACCUAAGGGAAAUGAAUGAAUUUCAUUCAGGUAAAAAGGAUAUUUAUAUUAAUCCUGCAGAUGCUGAAAUUGUUGUGGUUGAAAAAUACAAUAGUAAUAUAAAUGAAACAAAUAAUAAUGGUAACAUUGGUGGUGGUAGUAGCAGCGUUGUUGGUAAAUUGAUGACGGUUGAAAAUGAAAACGAUGUAAAUGUUGUUAAUCAAACAACAACAUCAGAAGGUAAUAUUAAUGGUGACACAAUGAAUGGUAGUAAUAUUGAUGGUAAUGGUAAAAUGGUAAAUAGUAUUAAUAGUAAUGAUAAUGGUGUUGGUAGUGGUGGACAACAUGAUGAAGGAAUUUUAUAUGGAAAUUUAACAGAUGAACAGCAACAAGAAAUCUUACAAAGAGUAAAAAGAAAAUCUGGUAAAACAACUGGUGCUUUAAGUAGGCCGAAAGGUGGUGGUGAUUCAGGAUCUAAGAGUACUAGUCGUAAGGGUGAUAAAGAUAAAGGUCACGAUGGUGAUGGCGAUGGUGGUUUCGGGCAGUAUACACCAGAAGAGGAAUCGGAAGAAGAAGAAGAUGAAGAAGAAAGUGAUGAAGAAUCACGUUUCCAAGAAGUAUCUGAAAUUCGAUUCCCCGGUGAAGUUGGACCACUAGGUGAUAGAAGAUUAUGUAAAUUAAGAUGUGUUAAAGGAAAAUGGGUUGGACCAUUAUGUGCUACAAAUGAAGAGGAUGAACACGGAAAUAUCCGAUUUCAACCAUUGUAUAAGAGUUGUCAUGUUAAUCGUAUACCACCGCAUCUACUACUCAGUUACAGAAAUAUAUCAGUGGUUCCAUACAAGAGAAAAUUCACGAGAAAAAAAAUACAGGCCAACGUUAUGCCAAUUAACGUUGGCUGGGAUCUACCACAUGGUCAUUCAUUACAAGCACGUUGUAAAGAUUUAGGUUUAUAUAAAUUACUUGGUGAAUCACGUGUAUUAUGCUCAAAUGGAUUAUGGGCACCAAGGAUGCCAUCAUGUGUACCCACAACAUUAUUAACAAAUUUCUCAGAUGAUAGUCCACCAUCGAUAAGAAUAAAAAUUGGUACAGGAUCUGGUGCAUUUGAGCCAUCUGGUGUUUUAGCUGUUUUACCCGGUAGUACAAUACAUUUAGAUUGUAUGUAUCCAAGAAGACGUGGUACUCCAGAAUGGACAUGGACUGGAUGGUUUAAACAAUAUAAUUUUGGAUGGUCAACAGUGCCAGAAGAGAAAGGCACAAAAUAUCGUUUAACAAUUAAGGAUAUACAAAAUCAAGAUUCUGGUACAUUUACAUGUGCAUCACCGCGUGGAUUAACAAAUAGUAUACCAAUUGUUGUAACAACAUCACAAUGUCCACCAUUACCAGAACCAGUUCCACCAUUAAAUUUACGUUUAGAAGGGAAUAAAUUGGGUCAGCGUGCAUUAUAUAGAUGUCCACUUGGUUUUAGAAUUGAAGGAACUGUUAAUUCAACAUGUCUUGCAUCAGGAAAUUGGUCAUCACCGCCACCAACAUGUCAAUCAGUACAAUGUCCACCAUUAUAUUUAGAAGAUCCGCAUUUAAGUUUAACUGAAUUAAAUACAUCAGCAUGGGGCCGGGCAGUUUUCAAAUGUCAAUGGGGAUUUAAAUUAAGUGGUCCACCUGGUUUAGAAUGUGAACCAUCUGGUAUAUGGAGCGGUCCAGUACCAAGAUGUAGAGCAAUUCAAUGUCCACAACCUUUGAUACCGAUUAAUGGACGUAUUGAUGGUACAAGUGGUUCAUCAAGUCAUCGUCGUUAUGCUGUUGGUGCUUUAGUAACAUUCAGUUGUACAGAGGGCCAUCUAUUAGUGGGUGAAGCAAGUAUUGUUUGUACAGAAACUGGGUUCUGGUCUCAUCCACCACCAUUUUGUAAAUCACAGUGUCCAUAUCCAGGUGAUCCACCAAACGGUUUAAUAGCACCAUUAAAAUUCCAUUAUGAUCCUGGAGAUUUUCUAUCGGUACAAUGCCGGCCUGGUUUUGUUGAAUAUAGUUCAUCUGGUCCACCAGAACGUCCAAGAUGUUUACCUGAUGGUAAUUGGUCUGGACCAGUUCCACAAUGUCGAAGUUAUGAAGAAGUAUAGCUUUUAAAGGGCCGCUCUGACGGACAAUUAAUUAAUACAAAAAAUCAAACAGUUAAUAUAUAAAAAAAAAAACACGAGAAACUAUAAUAAGAGAGCCUGAUGUUGGCGGCCUGUAAAAAUCCAAUGAAAGAAACAGAAACAAGUAAGUCAAAAUAGAAGAGGUUUAAAUUACAUACAUACACACUUCCUUAACAUUUAAUAUCUAAAGUAAUAUUGACUCUUAAACUAAGAUUUAAAAGAUAAAAAAAAACCAAAGUCGUUUUAGUUAUUAAAGUGAUAUAAUUGGACAGUCAAAAAAUAAAAAAUGAAAAUGAAAGAUUUUAAAAUCAAGUUAAAAAUUAAAAGAGAUUGAUGAAAAAUAUUAAAAGGACAAAAGAAAAAUUCGAAACGGAAAACAAAAAUUUAAUAUUCUUUUGAAUAUAAAAAUUUAGAAAUUAUUUAAAAUUUAUAUUUAAUUACGAUAAUAUUAAAGAAAUCUUUCUAAAUAAUGUAAAAAAAAAAUGAAAAUAAUGUGAAGAAAUAUGGAAAAAUAAAAAUUGAAGAACAUGUUUUGAAUGUUAUUGAACAGAAAGGAUUCAAAGGGAUAGAGAAGAAAGGAAACAUAAUUAAAUUUUCUUUUUCUGUAGUUUUUUCUUAACAAUAUUUUACUAUAAAUUUCUCUUAAAUUUUUCAAAAUAUACACAAAAUAAUAAAUAAUUGAAUCAAUAAUAAAAAAUAUAAUUAAUAAGAAAAUAUUCAAAAUUUAUGAGUUACAAUUAUAAUUUGGAAAAUUUGUUACAUCCUUUCUGUGCAAAUAAAUGAAAAGGAAAAAUUAUUCUGUGGAAGGGAUUUCAAAAAUUUAAAAAAUGAAUUUCACACAUUUAAAUUAUUCUAAGCAAACUAUUAUGGUAAUUUAUUUUAAUGGAUUCUUCGAUCAUGACAAUUAAUCUUGGAUUCAAGCUUGUGUAUUUUGUUAUUAUUAAUGAAUUGAUAGUCAUAAGAAUUAAGAAAAGAUUUAAUUCUGGGAAAAUCCCCAAAUGCAUUAACUCUGCUACUUUGAAUUAUUGCCAGAAAUUUUUGAAAAGCUAAAUAAUGUUCAUUUAAAAAUGUUAAAUGAAAUUAACAUAAUUUUUAACUGUGGUCUGUAGGGCUAUUACCACACGUGAAAUUAAAUUCAAACAACAAGCUCAAAACGACUUCAAGUCAAAUAACAAAUUCAUAUAACAGAUCCCAGUACUUUUAUUUUCAGUUCAUUUCCAACAAAAAAAAUUUGCUUGCUUGAAAUUUGUAAUAAAUAAGUAUUGGGUACUUAUUUAUUUGUAAUAAAUAAGUACCCACAUUGAUAUUCAGUCCGAAUUAAUUAUCAAUUACAAUAAAAAUUUUGUUGAAAGAAGAAUAAGAUUCAUAUACAUAUGUGCUUUUAUUCCACUUUGUAUUGAACGUAAAACGUUUAACUCCUUCAAAUAUGUCAAAUUCUUUGCGGAAUUAAAGAGAGUAAUUAUUAUUUAUUUACUCUAAUUGUUGUUCUUCAUGCAAGUACUGCCAAAAUGAGCACAAAAAAUCUCAUUUAACACUCUAUUGGUAUGCUCAGUUCAUAAAUUAAAUUUUGUUGUUUUAAAUUAUAUUUUAACUCAAAAAUAUUCCCUUCAACACUAUUUCGAGCAUAAACAAUUUACGCACUUUAUUAUAUUGAUAAAACAAUAAAACGAUUAAGAGAGUGCGAUUGUACGAAAACCAUGCAAUUUUAUUGCUUUUCAAAUUUUAUUUUGAUUUCUCGAAUAUCAAAGAAAACGUACGUAUAAUAUAUGGGAUGCCAAUAAAUGUUAUGUAUGUAAUUUUCACAUUUCAAUAACCUUAUUACAUUUUCUUUUAUAGAAAUAGGUUUAUAAAGCCAUCAUUGUAUAAAUGGAAAUCGUGGUAACUAAACACAACAAAAUUAUUGCUUACAUCGUUUAAUAUAAAUUGAAAAUUUUUGAAUUUUAAAGUAGCAAUUUCAGGAAUGUUUGUGGUUAAUAUAGUGUUGAGCAUUCUAAAUUUUAAAAUUCAUAUAAAUGAAUUUAUUUAUUUGUAUAUAACGUGUAGUUGAAAUUUUAUUUGAUUUGCAUUUAAUGAAUAUUUGAAAAGGAUACGAAAAUUCCAUUAAUUAUAUAUUUUUAAUCAAUUUUCAACAUGUUGCAUUUGUAAGGCAAAUUAAAAUUCACAUCAUAGUUAUAUAAUUUGAAAUUUACCAUUAUUAUUGAAUCAUACAAAUUUUAGAAAGAAAUUUCUAGGCUAAAAAAUUUUUAUGAUUUUGGGUGUCGUGUGCAAAAGGAAUACAUUAAAUGUAUACCGAAUUAAUUUACUUUCAUUUAAGUUUUAUAGAUUGUUGUGCUAAUUUAAAAGGUGUCCGCUAUUAUUAUUUUGAAAUUAAUAUAAAAAUCAAAUCAUUUAAUUUAUAUUUUUGCUUUUAAAAGUAGAAAUACUUUCACAGGAUGCCUAUAGCACGUAAUUAUUGUUAUAAUUGGGUAGGCAUAAAUAAUUUCAAAGAAUUUCGACAAAAGUGGUUCAUUGUGGUACAUUGUGUAGCACUGUCAUUGUGAGCACUGUGAGUACGAUGUUAAGCAAUAUAAGAAAGUGUUUAAUUCGCUUUUCGAUUCUUCGUGUCAAUUAUAUAUAAUUAUUGUUUUUUUAGUAUCACUAUAAUCUUUAAUUAUAACUAAAUGUAAAAGCACAAAAAGGAAUUUAUAAAAUUUUGUUGUGAAGCUGAAGCUUGAAUUUCAUCUAGAAUUCAAUGAUAUUUUAGGCACUGUCCCAUGUUAACAUGAUAGCAACAUCCAAUGUUGAAAUAAAUGUUGAAUAUAAUUAAAUAAUAAGAAAUUUUGAAUUGGUAGUGUUUUAAAACUAAGAACAAAUGUUCGAAAUUGUAUUUUUUAAGCAUAUCUAAAAUUUCAAAAGAAAUGCAAUACAAAAUUUUUAAACCAAUAUAAAAAUUACAAGUUAUCAUGCUACAAUUUCAUUUUCAAGAAAAAUUCUUGUACACUUUGAGUAUAAUAUUUGAUUUCUACAGUAAAAUUUUUGUAAGGCCUUCAGGAAAUUAUUUUUAUUUUUAUAUUUAUUUAUUUUUCUUUCAUUUUAAUUAUUAUGAAACUUUUUUGUAUAUUUUCAAUAUAAUUUAAAAAUAUAAGAUUCAUUGUCUAGAUUUAUAAGAUUUAAUUCAUUUGGUUUUUAUUUUAUUCUUCAUUUCUUUAGAGUCUUUAAAAUGAUCUUGACUUUAAUUUAAAAAUUUUAAAAUAAAAAAAGAAUUGGAAAGAAAAACAAGAAAAUUAAAUUUAUACAUUUUUUUGUUUUAAUUUUGUUCUAUUUUAUAUAAACAGUUGCAUAAUAAACAAUUCAAAAAACGAAAAUGAAAAUCAAAAUAAAUAAACAAAAUAAACACAUACAUACAAACGAAUCCUUAUAAUCCUUUUCAUAAAAUGUGUAUAAGAAUGCAAAUCAAAAAGAAUACGAGUAUGAAUGAUAAAGUCGAAAAUACAUUUGUGAUAUUAUAAAAAAAAUUAAGAUUGAGAAUCGAACAAUGAGAAAUCCAUUUGGAUGAUUAAAAUAGAGUGUGUAAUUUGAAAUAUUUACAAAACAUAGUGCCAUAAAUGAAGUGUUAUUGCUAUACUAGCAUAUUUUUAGUAAACUAUAAAUGACAUUAAAAAUGAUAUUAUAAAUAGUGGAUGAGGAACAACACAACUACACUUAAAAGGAAAUGAAAAUAUUUGAUGAGAUUCGUAGAUGAUGUAAUCAUUAAGAUGGUGAGAAAACUUCGUAUGCGUUAUAUAUAGAGCGAUAAUAAUGCCCACAUGCUUACUAGAUAUUACAUUUAAAUUUUUAUAAUUAUUUCAAAUAUCCAAAAAAAAUUUCACAUUAAGAAUGUGAAUUAGGCUUUAGUAAAUUCGAGAAAUAAAGCAAAAUCUUAACUCAGAAACAUACACACAUACAUGCAUACUUCCAUACUUACAAAGUUUAAGAAGUAAAAAAAAUAUUUCUCUUUAAAAAUAUUCUUAUUUCACCCUUUCUCAAGGAAUUUAAUUGAAAACUUAAUUGAAAUGUAACAUUCAUUUGUUUUAUAAGCGAAAAACAAAAAACAACCAAAAAGCAAAAAAAAAUAAAA